CCAGAUUGCUAAACCUCCUCUCCCACCCAGAAACAAAAACAGGAACACCAGGCUGCUGCUGCUGCUGCUCAUCGCCAUUCCUAGAAGGAUGAGGCUCUCCGGGAAUCUCGCGGUUGCAGGAAGUUGGCGUCUUGUCUCACUUCCUGUGGCAUCCCUGCCUUUCCGCCCCCCUCCGGGAGGGGACACCUGCCCCGGGAUGCUUUAGUUCCUCUUUCGGCGACGGGAGCGCCGCACCGGCUCUGGUUGGCUCAGUCUCAGCGUGUAUAAACACACGCAGCUGCCUGGGGUGUUUAUAUCGACUUUGUACGCUGACAUAAACGCACAGGACCGGGUUUUUUAUUUAUUUUUUUGUACACGGUCUUUUUUUAUUUAUUUUUUUUACCCCGUCCCUUUUCCCGGCGGUGGGCAUGAGGCGGACUUGGGGGUCUCCGGCGCGCAGGAAGGGGGUGCUGCACUGAACCGGGCUCCCUCGCCAGCUCUCGGCCAUGCCGACCCCCCCGGCCCCCGGAUUGCGAAACCGUGCGAGAUCCUGAGGGGCGGACGAGCCGCGGCCCGUGUGCGGAGCCGAGUGCGCUGCGUUUCCAGGCGAGGGGCCCGAGCAGAGACCCGCCAGCCCCGGGUGGGGAAGCAGCAGCAGCGGUCGAUUAGAAGACCCCCGUUUGGAGGCCCAGCUGUGCAGACCCCCGCCGCUCUUUCUGCGAGGUAGCCUCGGCUGUUCCCAGGCUGGGCUUUGAAGCGGGACCCGUGUUCCUGUCCGACGGAUUCACCGGGACGCUGCGGAUCUUACCCUGGUGGUUUUUUUUCGACUCCAGUGGUGUAGAGAGCAGUGAGCUGCCCUCUUCCCCGAAAGAGAAUCCUCCCUCCCGCCCCGGACAAUCCCUCAGUCGCCCGCCCAGGGCUCCCGUCGCCCGGAGAUGAGUGGCCAGCGGGUGGACGCCAAGGUGGUCAUGCUGGGGAAGGAGUGCGUCGGCAAGACCAGCCUGGUGGAGAGAUACGUGCACAACCGCUUUCUCAUCGGGCCUUAUCAGAACACUAUCGGAGCAGCAUUUGUUGCAAAACCCAUCCAGGUGGAAGACAAAGUCAUUACCCUGGGUAUCUGGGACACGGCGGGAUCGGAGCGCUACGAGGCCAUGAGCAGAAUGUACUACCGAGGAGCCAAAGCCGCCAUUGUGUGCUACGAUCUGACGGACUGCUGGAGUUUUGCCAGGGCGAAGUUCUGGGUGACCGAACUGCAGAAGAGCGAAGAGCAGUGCAGGAUCUACCUGUGCGGCACGAAGGGCGACCUGAUCGAAGGCAACCGCAGCCUGAGGAAGGUGGACUACCACGACGCCCAGGACUACGCCGACGGUAAGGGCCCAGGCCUCCUCCGGCCGGUUCCCGAGUCUCCCCCACCCGGCUGCCUGCCGUUUCGUCACGGUCCUCCACCUUCCCCGUUUGGAAAAGAAAAUAACCUGGGCUCCGGGCAGUCCUUAGGAACCGGCUGCAGACGCCCAGGGAAAUGGAAGUGCUCUCGCCCGGGCAGCCCUGGGGGGGGCAUCUCUCUACAGGCAAACAGCUGCUUGAGUUUUAGAUCUGGGAAGCUGCUGGGGAACGUGCAUGAGCUCCGCCACUGCCUGAAACAGAGCGGCGACCUCCUGAAGGUUUACUUCAGGGAGGAGAGAAACGGGAUUUCUCUCUGCCUCCUGCCCUUCAGACAGCAGGGUCCGGAAAUGAAACCGGGGUGCUGUGCAGGAGCCGCAGUGUCUGACCGCUGUGCUCUGUUUGCAGAGGAGAAGGGGGUGGACCUGGCGCAGAAGAAGAGCUCCUACUUCUACUGCUGCCAUCACUGACGCGGAGCAGCGGCCUCGCCGUCCCCAUCCCAGCUGGAGCUUCUUGCCUUUUCUUUGGGGGGGAGGAAGAACAGUGCGGAUUUCCUGGUUUGCGUUCGUAUCCGCGCAGAAGCAGCCGGAACGCGGGGGCAGUGUGCUCCGGGCGGCGGGAGGACUCGGGCCUCUCUUUCCCUGGUUUUCCCCGGCUUCGACGCGGCGGAUCUGAAUCCCGGCUUUCCGCUGGGUCUGCCUCUGGCUCGGAGGAUCCUUGAGCCGGAUGUCGUGGGGCGGGUGCGAAGGGCAGGACAAUGUGAGCUAGGGAAGCAAGGAGAACAAGGAGGAGCAUUUACACACUGGAAUGUGAAGAUCGAUUUUAUGUAGUGGUGACAGUUUUAGCCUUUCGCACUGAAGUGAACACAGUCUGCUUGUCAAUGGCGUAUGCUGUAGAAUAGCCUUUUUUAUUUUUAUGUUAAUGCUUGAACGAGCAUUUUUCUGCUCCCCCCCAGCUCUGUUUGGUCACAGAACAGUUUACUUAGUUCAAAGUUUUUCUUUCUGUGCGCAGUACUUUGUGGUGCAUGACAAGCUCUUUAUCCUCAGUCUGACUGGUAAAAUUAAGGAAAAAAUGUAAAACCAUUUUAAUCAGAUAAGCAAGACUCAUCUAAUAUGGAGGGGAAUAUAUCUUUGUAAUGGUUUGAGGAAGAGGCAAAUGUUCCUCUCUAUCUUUCAAAAAAGGAAAAACAUCUAUUUUAAUGAUAAAACCACAGGCUAAUUUUGCUUCUUCAGAAAUUGAAGUUCUCCAUCUUUAAAAAGGGGGGUUGAUAAUCCA